UCCGUUUCAUAUUACUUACGCUGUUUCUGAGUCAAGGAAAAACAAAAACAUGUCCGUGUACGUCAGGCUCAACUACUAACUAAGAAUUGCAACCUGAAGUCACCUCAACUAGCUGUCGAUUUGACCGACUGCUAUAUGAUUCCCGUCGCGUCAACGGCCGACGACCCAGAAAGAUGCCGCAGAAAGCACUGGGAUCCAUUGUAGGACUUCUUUGUGCAGGGGCAUGUCUGGUGCAGGGGAAGGAGUUCUGUUUUGGGGUAAACAAUGAGCAGUACCGCUGUGAGAUGGGCUACUGCUGUGGAGAGAGAGAGUGCUGCACCUACUACUAUGAGCUGUGGUGGUUCUGGUUGGUAUGGACUCUGAUCAUCAUGCUUAGCUGCUGCUGUGCUUACCGACACCGGAGAGUAAAGAUGCGUCUUCAGCAGGAGCAGCGUCAACGGGAGAUUAGCCUCAUGGCCUAUCAGGGAGCCUCCAGCUCCUUCAUUUCUCCUCCACCACUCAAUUUAAGGUUCUGGAACGACUGCAAGCUUCCUGACUAUGAAGAGGUGGUAGGUCACCCGCCGACACCGCCUCCUCCCUACUCUGAAAACCCUCCUGAGACUGUUCCAGCAAUCCCCGCUCAAGUGAGCCAGCCCAACGCUUCAACCGAUCCACCACCAUCGCAGGCUGAAGAAGUUCCACAGGUGGAAGGUCAGGCCUCAGGUUCCUCAUCAGGCCAGGGAGCGGCGUCAAUGCCGAUCCAAACACAGCAUCUGGCCAAGGAGAAUGUUGAAGUUCCGCUCAUGGCUGCGGGUGAUGAGGAGGAAGACGAGGAGCUUGUCACUCGGCGGCGCCAUGUGACGGGUGACUCAGGGAUCGAGGUGUGCGUUUGCCAACUGGACGUUGACGAGGGCUCAGGGCUUGAAGAGGAAUGCGAUGAGAUGAACCAGAUGUGCAAGGUCAGCGGUCGAGACUGCUGUUCCGGGCAGCAGCAGCAGCAGCCGGCCUUCAGACAGAAGGAGCACACCUCAGAGCUGCCCAGCCAGACCGCCAGCACCAGCACUGGGGACCACAUGGUGUGAUCCACAGCUCAACUAACCAGCUAACCAGCCUGGCUUUCUGCCUCACACAGGGAGAUCAUCAUCAUCACCACAGGGACUGUCUAUGUCUUAAUUCUUUGAAAUUACACAUAGGCAUGACGUUAUGAUGAUGAUGAUAACUAAUCCUUAAUGGCGCCUGAUAGGGAAAAAUGAAUAACACAUUGUGUGGACAAUUUUUUUUCUUUGCUUUUCCUUUGCAGGGAAACCAGCCAACACAUGUCGAUGCUCCAUUUUGUUUCGUCUUUUUUUUAAAAGUGAGCAAAAGGAAGUCAUAAGAGGGCAGCAAUUGAUUGUGAAUGAAAUAAGAAAUGACUGUUUCCCUUUGCUCCUACACACUCGAGCACUGCCUUCAUGUUUCUGUUUAUGUCUCACUGCUCACCCUGGUCAGAACAUUUCCCGCCAUCCAUCUGUCUGACAUUAUACUGCCACUGGGAUGGUCAGCCAGGAGCAUGCCAGACUGUCAGUGGACCCCCCCCCCCCCCUUCUCCAACGAGGAGCGGAGGACUUAAAAGCAAACUUCUUAAAAACUUAAUGAUGUUAGUAGAUGAAUCAGUGCGAGCACACACAUUUUGUUUUCCCCAAAGCUUGUGUGCCUGAGAGUCUGUAAGUUUGUGUGCUGUUAGAUCUAGGGCACAGCUGCACAGUGAUGUCAGCUGUGAGGUCAUGGCAACCAGUGUCUGCUGUCCUCUGGUGUGAAGAGUGUGAGGCUCUUUGCAUCUAGAGUGGUUGGGGGGGGGGUUAUGCAACUGCAAAUAGCAGAGAAGAGAGACAGGAAGGAGUUAGUUAUUUUGUCUGUGGGUUUUAAAUGUCAUACAAACGUUUUUGAUUUUCACACAGUGAUGUCGGCCACCCAAUGGUCCACGAUUAACCUGGUCGAAGUAAUGGUUGACCAGCUUCUAAUAAUGUAUUCAUCGGGUGCCAUGAUCUCCCCUGUUCCGUUUUUGACUGCAUUUAGUUCAUUACAAUAGCCAAGAGGGCUGUGCCACCACUAUUUCUAAUCCAAAAAUGUCCCUGUGGUGGAUCUGCUAGAGUGUUUUAUUUACUGUGUUAUAUCAGAGUGGGCAUUGGCAGCGUUUAGCCCGUUCUACACGUUAAUAGUUUAGAUUUUCAUAGACAAAAAAAAAUAUAAAAAUCAUAUCCAGCUAUGCUUCAGUUUCAUUCUACAGGUGUCACUAUAAAUCGCAACAAAGCUCCUGAUGGGGGCUGCUUGAGUGUGUAUGUGCUAGUGAAUGGAUGUUAAAGUGCAGUAGGUGAGGGUUGAGUAUUGUGCGUGUGUGUAUUUUUAUAGUGCUGUUGUAUCUGGUUGAAAUACUUGCACAGCAAUGAGGUGGAUAAGAAGCACUGUUUUUUUUUUUUUUUUUUUUUGCAUGAGGCAUGGAUUUCUGUGAUUAUAUUUGAGUUCAUUGGCAUUUUCUAGCUACUUUUUACUCACUUUGUCAUAAUGAUAUUGGGCUACAUUGGUUACACAUCAAGUUGUUACAACUGUGUAAGCCAUGCUGUCUUCUAAUGUAGCACAGGUUGCUAGUUAGCUGGGGCUGUCCUGGCUCUCUGCGGACCCUGUAGCUCCUGGCAGCCUAAGGGAUUUGCGGUGGUAUUUUCCAUUGGCAACAGAGCGCGGGUGCAUUAGCAAGUUGAGGUGGAUGCAGGCUGUGCUCUGCAGUCUCGUCGCUGUUUGCACAGCUGCAGAAUCUAUUGUGAAUAACCGCAUGCUUCUUUGCAUGUCGCUUGCCCUAUAUACUGUACAGUGUGUAUUCAAAGCAUUGAAGCAGACUAACUGGUUUUUGUCAGACGGGAAAUUAAGUGCAGAACAAAUUUGCCUUUUUUUUGCAAGACUCAGAAGAAACUGACACAUCAGUAAAAGGGUUUUAUUUUGAAAAAUGUUAAACAUCUUAGAGAUCUGCUCUGAUAUGGUGUGUUUAAAAAGGAUACAGUGUUAAGAGCCAGGUCAGUCAUUCUGGUUCACACAUACUCUGAAAGUUCUGCUCUUGAUAACGUCACUUAUUUCUCAGCACUGUCAGGACUCUCACAGGGAAAUUCUUGGCCUCUAAACAAGACAUGGCACUGGUAUGCAUUUCAUCUUUCCUCCGGCUGAGAGCUCUGUGCUCGCUGUGGAAAUGUUUCUGUGAUCCACUGUUGGAGCAGAACCACAUACUGUUUGUGCUAGAGUAUAGGGAAACCACACAAGAGAGUCAGUGCACCUGAAACGUGAAAUUGGAGUGAAAAAAAAAAUCCAAACAGCUGCCUGAGGCUUAAAAUGAGAGACAGUUUAGUUUCAUUUUCGUUGCAUCGGCCUUAUCAAACAUGCUAAAUGAAAGGUGUGCAACCUUGUGUUGUGCUGCUGAGCAGGUCCUUUAAUAUGAUGCUGAACUAACAUGACUGACUUUUCCAGAGGAGCUGUUGCACUGUGAGCAUGACUGCACAGCAUUAGCAGAAGUCAUUUAAAAGACAUUGUUUGACCAGCACACCUCAAGCUGCCUUGCUGCAUCUCUAAAGAGAAAAUGUCUUGAUUAUGAAGCGGCACAGUGAAAUCAAUAAGGAAAGAUUUGUGCUACUGCCUUAUUAGAGUAGGUGUAGUUAAAGUGGGUUUGUUCUUUUGUUUUCUUGCAAACACGAUCGCUUCAGAGCAGAGGAGUGCUCUGUAUCACUGCUAGUUGUCAUCGGAGCGUUUUUUUUUUCCUUUCACUUAUCGAGAUGAGGAUGUGGUUUAAAAAAAUCCUCAAUGUAAACUGUCACGUUCUCUAGUGUUUUACAUGCAUAGGUUUUGUAUCUGGUUGCGUUGAGUUUAAAAAUACUGUGUAUAGUUAGCUGUGGCAAUGAUGGAUUGUCAAGACCAGAGUUUGGGCUCGUUCUGUUUCGGUUUCAAGGAUCUGGUCGCAAAUAGUUUGUGAUGUGAACUGACUUGAAAGCAUGAUUAAGAUUCAUUUUGAUUUCUCCUACUUUUGUUAUUUUUUUAAAAUCUCCAACAAGAGAUAACGUCAUAACCUAUUUGUUAUGAUGAUGUUAUGAUGCUUAAUUGUAUACAUAUGUAGACAAAAUAAUCAGGGGGGGGGGCUGCGGCUGUGUAGGAAAUGAGGCAGGAAUGUGGAUUCUUUUGUGCAUGAGUGAACUGGAGGUCCAUAGUUUUCCCAUUGCCAAACAACGACUAUGCCUCGCUAGUUUUCAAGUUUACUAAGAUUAAGGGCUAUAUCCGUCAUCUGUUGCGGACAAACAUCCAUCCAUCCAUCCGUUGUGUUGAGUGAUUCGUCUGCUCUGUGCUGUUUGUUUGAAGCCACAGUUGCCGAGAUCCACUAUCUGAACAUGCUCCGUGUUCGGAGUUGGAUGUCCUUUUUAAUUUUGUAGUGGAGCGCAUAUUAAAAAGAAAAAA